AUGGACGGAGAACCGCGCGACGGCGAUGCGGAGAAUAGAAUGGAGGAAGCAAGCAGGGCACUUCGGAGCAACUGUCUUGCUCGCCUCAGGCAGCCAGGCGGCCGUGUUUGUGUGGCGCAAACAGCUGACUUGGCCGCUUUAGGAAAGUAG